CAUUGGAAAUUUUACAAUAAUUGAUGAUUCUACAAGAGAAAUUUUAAAGACAGUUUCACUGAAUCUGAACUUUGAUGACAACUAUAAACAUGUCAUGUGUUCCUCAUGUUCUCUUAAAGUGUACUCUGCAUUUGACUUUAAAUCCACUUGUCUCUAUGUCGAGGACAAGAUUGUUUCUUAUGUUAAUCCCGAAGUGUUAUACGUUGAUUUAAGAGAUGUUUAUUCAAUGGAACACGAGAGCAAACCGUCAGUUAAAAUGGAAGAUGAUCAGAAAAUAUGUCGAUUAUGUUUGCAGUUAGUUAGCGAAGGAUUUGUAACAUUUUAUGAAGUAAAGUUAGAGAUAAUGCAAAGAUACAUCCCAGAAGUGAAUUUUGGCAUCACCGAAGAUCCCGUCAUUUGUAGACAAUGUUUUGAUUCACUCAGCCUUCAUGAUGCUUUUAUAAAGGCCUGUUUGGACGUUGAAACGAAAAUUCCCAACGUACAUGAUAACAAAAUCACAGAUUCCGAGCCCUGCGAUAUGUUCUUUAAAAGUGAAACAGAGGAAUCACUGCUGAGAGAUGAACAGCGAAUGGAAGGCUCAAUUAAAACCGAAAAAGAGGUAGAGACAGAAGAAUCGCUGAUCAAAACUGAAGAAGUUGACAUAAAAACUGAAGUAAAUGAUUGGGCAAGAGAUUAUCAAGAAGUAGAAGGAAUGCAGAACGAAUAUUUGCGUAGAUGUGAGACAGAAGAAGUUCUAAUGAACAAACAUGAGGAUCAGUCACAGAAUAUUGAAUAUAUAAAUGAUUUUGAACAUUCUACGCACCACCGAUUAAUAAUCAAAGAUUCUCCCGAUGCAGAAAUCUGCCAAUCCUAUGGAGCUAAACAUGAAAGCUUCCUAAAAGUGAAUCAAUUAAUGCAUAGAAAUAUCUCAGAAAUUCAAAUGUACAAGUGUGACGUGUGUGAUUAUGAGGCUAGAUGUAAGAGUCAUCUGAAAGAGCACCAGUUAAAACACAAGAAUAUCUCGGAGGUUCAAAUGUACAAGUGUAAUGUGUGUGAUCACGAAACUAAAUACAAGAGAUAUCUUAAAGUACACCAAUUAACACACAAAAACAUUACAGAAAUCCACAUGUACGGGUGUGAUGCAUGUGACUAUAAAACCAAAUAUAAAGGUGAUCUAAAUAAGCAUCAGUUAUUACACAAGGGCCCCGCUAAACCCCAAAAAAUCCAAAUGUACAAGUGCGAUACAUGCAGUUUUGAGGCUAAACAUAAAAGUGGUUUAAAAUGGCACCAGUUAUCACACAAGAACUUUUCCGAAAUCCAGGCAUACAAGUGUGAUAUAUGCAGUUACGAAGCUAAAUGUAAGAGUCACUUCAAUAGGCAUCAGUUAUUACACAAGGACCGUUCCGAAAUCCAUUUUUACAAGUGUGAUAUGUGUACUUAUGAAACUAUAUAUAAAAGUCAUCUAAAAGUGCAUCAGUUAAGGCACAAAAAUAUCUCAGAAGUUGAAAUGUACAUAUGUGACACCUGUGAUUACAAAACUAAAUUUAAAGGCGAUCUAAAUAAGCAUCUAUUAUUACACGGAGAGCCUUGUAAAAUCCAAACGUACAAGUGCGAUCUGUGUGAUUACGAAUCUAAGUAUAAGGGACAUCUAAAAUCACAUCAGCUGCUUCACAAAGACUUAUCAGAAAUUCAGAUGUACAAGUGUGACACAUGUAGUUAUGAAACUAAGUUUAAAAGAAACCUAAUAUCCCAUCAAUUGACACACAAAGAUGCUUCAGAAAUUCAAAUGUACAAGUGUGAUACUUGUACUUACGAAACCAAACAUAAAUGUAGUCUGAAAGUGCACCAGUUAACUCACAAAGAGUUUACAGACCAAGUGUACAAGUGUGAUAGAUGCAGUUAUGAAACUAAAUACAAGAAGAGUCUCAAACGUCAUCAGUUGACACACGAGAAUUCUUUCGCAGUUCAUAAACCUUCAGAAAUCCAAAUAUUCAAAUGUAACGAAUGUGUUUAUGAGACCACAUAUAAAAACAGUUUAAGAAAUCAUGUAUUAAAACACCGAGAUCUCUCAAGAGUGCAAUAAUUGUGUUUAUCAGACGAAAAAUAAAUACAGUCUAAUUAGGCAUCAAUUAGUGCACAAAAAGUAGGAGUGAAAAUUAGCUCUAAUUUUAGCAUAGUGUCAUACGACUCUAACAAAUUAGUGAAAAUAACUGUAGGUACCUUAAAUUGCAGGUAUGGAUUUCUGUGUUCAUAAAAUACAACAAAAUGUCUACUAAUAAUUUUUUCACGUUCAAAUUCUAAUUCGACUGGAAUAAUAGUGUAAUCAGUGAAUUUUUAUGUGGAAACGAUGUUUAGAAAAUAAAUGUUUAUACAUAUAUCGAAUUAGAAUCUUUUUCUGUGUAAUUUAUAUUUUAUGAAAAUAAAUUAUUAUUAGGGUAAGGUUGUACUAAUUGUACACUUUUUCAGUUUUUAUUUGUUUACUUGGAACCUAUAUUUUGAAUUUUGACUACGAAGUAAAAUUUCCUAAGAAUAAGCCGAUAAGUCCUGUUAUCGGAAUUGCUGUAACCAUUUACCGUAGUAGGGGCGUGCCUUAGAAUUUUCGACCAAUAUCUUUCUA